AUGCAUGUUGAUGCUGUUACUGUGCUUGACGACAUCAGACGAACAGGACAACUGAUUGAGGAAUUCCAUCGUCUGAGGAAAUACGGUGGAAAUCGGGCGGCGUUGGAGCGCAUAAAAGUUGAAAUUCGUAGACUUAAGGAAACACAGCGUACAUUCCUUGAGUUAGAGAACACACGGAAAAAAAACUAUGUUCAACAUGAUGGUUUCCAUGCAUCAUCAACUCGAAGUGAUGGACUUAUGAUAACUCCACGUUCUCGUUCUGAACCACGAGAAUGUGAGGAAACGGAUGCCUUGGUACAUAUAAAAAGGAACGGAAGGACCUCUAGUGUUACUCGGACACUAAGGGAAGAACCAACUGAUUUAGUUAGGCAGAACAAAAAAAAUCCACAGUUACCAAAGACAUCAAUUCAAGCCGUGGUGUCAUCAUUUGAUCAUGGGGAAGAAUAUAGAAGACAUUGCUCUGUUGUCUUCGCUGUCAUUCUAGCAGAGGCACAUACGCGACGUGAAAUCAUACAUAAAUACGAUAGACGAAGAAUCAAACUCCUAAGUAACUUCAGAGAAGGAAGCAUCAUUAUCGCCUUAUCAAAACCACAUCAAGGUCAUUCUUUCAGCGCACACGAUGAAUUCGCAUAUAAAAUGGAAGGCUUAUCAUCACAACAUGAAUCUCAAUCAUCACACAGAAUUCAACAGCGACACUUACCACAGAGUGCCACAGCUGCCUCUGGAACACCAAUAGAUGACGAAUGUAACAGUAAUAAACAACAUGAACAAAAUAGAAGAAAAAUAAUCAUAGGACACCUUUAUGGUAAUAAGCGCUUAAAUGAACAGGCAAAAGAAAGUGAACAGAGCACUGCCACAGCAGUUCAACGAAUGCCUGACGAUGAUGGAGUCAGAUACAGGGUACAAGAAGAACAAAACAGACGUAACGCAGAAAUAGAAGUCCGGCGCAAGGCAGAAGAAGAAGAGGCCAGGCGCAAGACUGAAGAAGAGGAAGAGGCCAGACGCAAGGCUGAACAAGAGGAAGAAGCUAAACGCAAGGCUGAACAAGAGGAAGAAGCCAAACGCAAGGCUGAACAAGAGGAAGAAGCCAGGCGCAAGGCUGAAGAAGAAGAAGAAGCC